UUGUGGCAAUACCGUGGAUUUUGCCUAGACUAGACACAGUUCAUGUCAGAAUUGACAAGAAUGUACUUUUUGUAGGUUAGGAGAAUUCACACACCAGGUUACGAUAAUCAAUGUCACAGGUUAGGAUAAUUAGGUCAAGGUUAGGAAAAGGGUAGGCUAAAAUAAAUCAACUUUUGACGUAUAUUUGACAUAAACUGCAUCCCAUCUAGCGAUGAGCAAUACUGUGGCACUGAAACGGUCAGCUGCACAGAUCAGGAACAAGGAAGACACAUCAAUACUAGAUACCAUACAUCUUUGAAGCGUGCCUGUACUAUCGGCAGGGAACAGAUAGAAAGGUUGAACAAGUUACGGAUCUCACGCUGCUUCAGAACGCAAGCUUGGUCUCGAACAGUAAAGCUGGUGGCGCGAUCUGUCGCGAUGUUGUAAACCAUGGACAGCAGAAUAAACGAGAUUCCGGAAAGGACGUUUGAUUUGGUACUACAGAUUGCAUGCCCAACAUCUGAAAAUGAAGAUCCUGCCGUGCUGUGGAGCUUCCCCCAGGACUACACAGACCAGGAGUUUCUCCAGACGAUACCCAAGUUCUGCUUCCCCUUCGAUGUGGAGAGGGUUUCCCAGAGUCAGGUGGGCCAGAACUUUACCUUUGUGCUGACGGACAUCGAGAGCAAGCAGAGGUUUGGCUUCUGCAGACUCACUUCCGGCUGCCGUGUCUGCAUCUGUCUGCUCAGCUAUCUCCCCUGGUUUGAGAUCUACUACAAGUUCCUGAACACACUAGCAGAUUACCUAACCAAAAACCAGGAGAAUGAGCUGAAUGACAUGCUGAACUCACUGUACAGCCUGCCGGUGCCAAAGCCCUUCACCCCAGUCAACCUGAGCGUGACCGCGCUGUUGCAUAUAGCCACUGGGCAAGUACUGAGAGAUGCACCAAGCCGGCAGCCGCACUCCUACUUCAUAGCCCCAGAUAUCAACGGCUUGCCCACAAUCCCCGAGAGUAGGAACCUGACAGAGUAUUUUGUGGCGGUGGACGUCAACAAUAUGCUGCAUCUGUACGCCAGCAUGCUGCACGAAAGACGCAUCAUCAUUACCUCAAGCAAGCUUAGCACUUUAACUGCGUGUGUCCACGGCUCUGCUGCCAUGUUGUUCCCCAUGAACUGGCAACACAUUUACAUCCCUGUACUGCCUCCACAUCUACUGGACUACUGCUGUGCCCCCAUGCCAUACCUUGUGGGAGUUCAUCUCAGUCUGCUGGAGAGAGUGCGCAGCAGGUCAUUGGAGGAUGUAGUGAUUCUGAAUGUGGACACCAACACACUGGAGAGCCCCCAGGAUGACCUGCAGAACCUGCCCAGCGACGUGGUCCACUCUCUGAAGAGUAAGCUAAAGAAGCAGUCGACAUCAACAGGAAGCGGAGUAGCAAGGGCCUUCCUCCGGGCUCAGGCUGCUCUGUUUGGAUCCUACCGAGAUGCCCUCCGAUACAAACCUGGGGAACCAGUCACGUUCUGCGAGGAGAGCUUUGUGGCUCACCGCUCCAGCACCAUGAGAAACUUCUUGGAGAUGGCGGUCAACCUGCAGCUCUUCAAACAGUUUAUUGACGGCCGGCUGGCCAAGCUGAAUGCAGGCCGAGGCUUCACUGACCUGUUCGAAGAGGAGAUCAGUGAGGGAGGCUUCUGUGGAAGUAAUUCCAGAUCUUAUCAACAGUGGGUGCACACCGUCAAGAGAGGUGGCGUGCUGAUCAACACUGCAAUGACUAAGGCCAAGAGUCAUGCCAAGAGGGGCAUUCGCAGGCUCAAGCAAAGGGUGACCUAUGAAGAGGAGGAUGAUGGGCCGUUCUGCUCAGGGUCUCCCACCAGCACCAAGAGUCUGUCACCACGGAGACUGCAGAAGAGGAGACAUCAUUAUUAUGCAAAGUCUUCCAUGGGAUGUCCUGACUUUGCCAUCGAUGACGAUGAACUGGACACUGCCAGCAAGAUCUCGUCUGAGGACAGUGGGGAGAUGCCGUCCUACACUGAGGACAGUGACGACUCCUAUUCGUUGGAGCUAGACACAGACUCCUCCCACACAGGCCAGAUGAACCUAUUAGAGGAGAUCCUUGACUCUCUGAGCACCACCAGCACAGAGCAUGGAAAACUCAGCGCUGCCAAGAGCCUGGACUUCUUCCGAUCUAUGGACGACAUCGACUAUAAGUCUCCGAACAAGUCCAACCCCCACAGUGAGAGUAAUCUGCCCCAGAUGUGUACCAGUGGCAGCAGGGUGGGGGGAGUAGGUGGGGGAGGGGAACAGGGAGGAAGCUGGCAGGAUGACAGUGCCCUCCACGGGAAGCACCUGCCCCCCUCCCCUCGUAGACAGCCUAGCAAGAGCAGCCUCAAGAAGCCAAAGCAAAACCCCUUGACAGCCUCUCCACCAGCCACAGCUGCAGUCCCAGCCAAGGACAACAAGGUCCCCAAUCUCCUGUCCAAGAUCCAGGCCCUUCAGACCAAGACCCAGCCCCUUCAUGCCAAGCCCCCAAUCUGUCUCUCUAUGCCCCGUCCAGAGGAGCCUUCGCUCCCAACACCUCCAUCACCACACCUGGGAGACCAAAACCCCUCUUCCAGCUGCUCUCCUGCACCAACCCGUGCAUCCACACACAAUCCUCCACCGGCAACACACACCUCUCCACACACCUCAACGCUGACCCGUGUUAGAGCCUCCACAGACCCCCAGCCUGAGUCUGAGACCAAACCUCAGACCACAUCCAGCAUCCUGCGGGGGAAUGUGCUGUCCAAGGAGACGGUGAGGCAGGACCAGGUCCUCCGGAGGCAGGGCAGUCAGGACAAAGAGAGGCAGGGUGUGAAGGCCGGGCAGCCCUCUGUGCUGAUCCCCUGGGAGAGAGGGAGGCCAGAGGAGGGGGGGCAGGGAGAGGACCAGGGCCUAGGGCUGGGGUUGGGGAAGGAACAGGGCAGGGUCUCUGGGGCAGAGGUCCAGGAGAAAGGCCUUCUAGAGGAAAUAGAGUCUAUGUGUCAUCUCAGCUCAGCCUUCCAGACCAGCCUACAGCUGUCCCAGGUCCAGUGCCACACCAACAACACACAUAAUAAUACCCACGCCAACAGCCACAGCAAAGCCACCGACAAGUCCUGAGACGGACAGGGACAGGGAAAGGGGUACUUGAGGUAGAAGUUGCCCUUAAGAAUCAGACUGCCCUCCCCAAAUCCUAACCUUAACCACUGAGUGGAAAAGGUUUACGAAAAGAUCAGUGUGUUUAAACAGAGAACAAAUUCAUUUUUCCUUCGAUCUGAAAGUAUUGUAAAAACACAAAGUAAACCCCCAUGACCUUGGUAACUCUUCCACUGUACAGUCUCCUAACACAAUGCCUUAAAUCAGGGAUGGGCAACCGCGGGAUGCCUUUUGUAGGUCUGAGGACCAAUUUCACCAAAAAUAUACAACUUUUUUUUAGGAACUCAGUCGGGGUUUCAACUUGCUGUUAAGAGUUAGAAUAAUAGAGUACACAAGGUGCAAUUUCAACAUUUAAUUGUGCAUCAGUAGUCACUCAAUUAGCCCAUGUCGGCUACAUUUUUAAAAAAUUGGUCAGUUAGUCUAGUGGCCAGCUACCUAAACUUGUAGUAAGCAUGGUCGAAUUAUAUAUUAAAAACUGUUAACAUUUGCCUCCACCCUCUAUGGCAAAAUGUGUGUAAUUACAGGAAAUUAGCUGUAAAAUGUCUAAUUAUUCUCUCUGCCCCAUGGCAGAAUGAAUAGAAUUGCAUGAAAUUAGUUACAAAAUUGCUAAAUCUUCUCUCUACCCCUGGCAAAAUGUGUAGAAUUUCAGCAAACUUGCUUUAAAACGGCAACAUUUUCUCCACGCCCUAUGGCAAAAUCUGCAGAUUUGCUGUUAAUUAAUUUUAAAACUUAAAAUUGGUGGGGUGUCCAGCCCCUCAUGAUGAGUUUUUUUUUGUGGCCCCCACCCCUAUCAAAGUUGCCCAUCCCUGCCUAAAACUGAGGUGUGCUUUGCAUUUGGUACUGCUCAGUCUUAAAAUGCACUCAAGAGAGAAGCUCUAUUUAGUUUGAUUUCAGAGGCUUAUCUAUUUAGAGAUGUAUUUUUCUCAAGUGUUUGUUUCUCAGGAUACUCCUGUCUGUUAGGAAAGAAAGGCGAAAAGGACUUGUGUAAAUGCAGCGGAUAUGAAUGAAUAGACAAGCCCGUCCAUGGCACCUAUCGCACCUAUCGUCCCUUUGUCGGUCUCUCUCUCUCUCCAUCUCUUUCCCUCUCUCGCUUUCUGUCUUCCAUCUCGCCACUCCUUCCCACUCGUGCUCGCUCUCCUCCAUUCACCCUUCCAUCUCCCACAAUCUCUGUCUAUCCUCCUACCCUCACACACUCUCCUCCUUUCUCUGAGGAUUUACCCCAGUGUUUUACCCAAAAGGCUCAGACUCUUCUGUUUCCAUCUACGCGGGCUGGCACCCGCGUCUCAAUGGGCUAUGGGUAGUUUUCAGCCUUCGUUUACAUAUAACAAUGGCUAACUGGGAACUUGGAACGCCUUGUCACAAAGCAACAGUCUUGAUGAUGCAGACGUUGUUGAUUCUGCUCCCCCCCCAAGUCUUUAGUGUCACACUCCCGAUGGAAAUAAUAUCACUAGAGCUUACACUGACAGCCCACUGGUAUGGGGGUAUGUCAUUGGUAAAACACCCAUGAGUGCUUUAGGAGGAGUGUGACUUCACCACUUGAAAUCUCUGCUAUGUGCACACACCAAACGAAAUGCGCUGUCCCAUACUCUGAUGCUACCGCACGGUGUUUGACUGGAAGGCUUGAGAUGAUUGUAGAAUAGUAAUAAAGCAAUACGGCUCUCCUCUGAGAAUGUGGACGGACGGCCAAAGAGAUUUUCACAAGAAUCUCCCAUGGAGAGAAUGCAAGCCCUUCUGGGUAAUGUCCAGAGAUGGUGGCCACUCACUAUCGUACCGCUAUGGUACAUACAGACGAAGGAAAGUAUUUUCCAGUGCUUGUUUGUGGUUAUGUUGAUGAUGAGUGUAGCCUGUUUACGCUAGUGAUUUGUGUGGCAUGCCGUUGAGUGUGACGGUUUAGCGGUAACUCUUGCCCCCCUGUCUUGAGCGUCGGGCUGUGGUGACGAUGAGAUCGUAAAGCGAGUUCUCCGUGGGUCUGGGAAGACCUCACUUCAGCUAUUCAUUUGGAUUUGAAAGGGCCCUGUGUACAAUUUAUGUUCGCCUAUUCUAUGUUUCAAUGUUGCUAUUUAUUUGGGCAGCUUUGAAGUUGGAGCACUGUCUAUGUACUAUGCAAACAAAACUUAUUUCAAGUUUCCAAAUUCAGAAUAGAAUUUGAGGUUACCACUAUAAAGAUCAGGUAAUUGAUCAUCAUAUUUGUGAAUCCAUAGAUCCUCUGGUCUAUUCUGAGUACCACUUAGUAUGCUCAACACAAGUCAUUAGGGAGAAAUCGAGUGGCUUUAAAGAGUCGUCCCCUCAACAUUUCAAUUGAUAUCUGUAUAUGCAAAAGAGACCAAGGACCACUGGUCCAGUCAGUAGGGAGGCACUGAGAAUAAGCCACUUCCUUAAAGAUGGAAUCCGAAUUGGGGGGGGGGGGGAAACAGCGUCGCGCACGUGCAAUGAUGUCCGAGGAGAAAAAAACUGUGUUUGCUGUUUACAGUAACUUAUUUGUUGUUGAAAUAUUGCAAACGGACAUGGUUGUUUUCACCAUUAAGGAUUCCAGCUUUAAAUGCAUGUUGGUCAGUUCUUUCACCUAUGAGAUCCACUAGUAAAUGCUUAAUUUCUGUUUAAUUCUUUCUAUUUCUGUUUUAAAAUGUUGUAAUGAGGCUUUACUGUAUGUGUUCUUUUUUUCCCAUCUGUGCUGAUAUUUCAAUGGUCUUUCAUACUGAACUCACUAUGGAGAAGGAUCUUGUUAUGCUUUGUUGUAGGUAGUUAUAUUUUAAGAUUUAUUAUAGAUGAAAGAUUGUAUUUUUUGUGUUUUAAGUAUAUUUUACAAGGAGAAUAUAUAACUGGUAUAAUAAUAUAUUGUAAAUGAUUCGUAGAACAAACAAGAUUUGAAUGUUGUUAUAUAAUUUUUGGGGGAGGGGGAAAUAUUUUGUAUAAUUCUAAAAUGUGUUAACUCAAACCAUUUGCCAUCCAGCCACUCACGUAUCAUGUUACAGCAUUUCUGAUUCCUGAGAUAGAUGACCGAAACGGCAUACCUAUGAAUUUAACUUUUUUUCAGUUUGUGUUGUGCAUGUACAGUAGAAUAUCCUAUUAUUCCAUUCCCCUGGUUCAAAAUAUCUGUGUGUAUUGGCCAUGUUCUGCUGAUCUUAUUUGGUUGUUAAAUGUGUUUUAAAGUUAAUCAGCUCAAGAUUUAACAACAAACAAAAAAAGGUAGUGUCAGGUGUUGUCCAGUAUCCACACUUUGUUUAGCCAACUUGAAAUACUUUAUUAGUAGUUAUUUCAUCUACUACACGACUACUGUAUUAACUGCGAUGGAUUGGGAUGUUUUACUUGAGCAAAUGUCUUACUAACACUUGCAAUAGUCAACUAGGAAUCCUUUGAGGCUGAGUAUCUGUGUACUGAAAAGCUGGUUCUUUUUAUGACUGAAUGUCUGUUUUACCGUCUCAAAGCUUACUGACUGACGCAGAAGAAAAUAGGACGAAAGCGAACCUCUUCUAUUCUCUUUUCUAAAUGCUGCGAUUGCAUUUUCCCUUUUUCCUAAUCCUCAUGUGAUAUGAAAGAUCAAAACCCCACUGGUUGUCAGGAACUAACAGAGGCAUAUCACCUGUCUCUUUAACCUUUCUUUCACUGCAGUGACAACACUGAGACUGUUGACACAGUGUUCAUGUUCAUUCAUUCACCUUUCCCACUGGUCCCUCGACAUGGUACUGUAGUUAUUUGAAUAUGCCGAAUGCAACCUACUGAAGUCUCGUGCGUGCACACUUAAUUGCAUGUUCUCAAUGCCGAGAAAAACUGUUGUCUUAAAUAACGUAUAGGUCAAUCUAAUGUGCUAUCGAUGGAAUGGUACAACUGUAUGCACUGUGAACUUAAAAAUAAAUUAUAUUCAUGUUAAUG